AUGCACUUCUCUCACAUUGCUCUUUCCGUCGCCGCCGCCGCUUUCGUCAAGGCUGACCUUCAGCUGGACGCCGAGGAUAUCCCCACGCAGUGCAACGCCGUCUGCCGCCCCAUUUCGGAUCUUGGCCGCGCAUGCGAGGUCAAUGAUGACCAGAUCCGCGACGACUUGACGGAGGACCGUCUCGAGGCCCAGUGUGUCUGCACCAACAACAGCUUCAACGUCUCGCAAUACGCUGCCCUCUGCGCCAGCUGCAUGGACCAGAACACCCGCGACCGCGAUGACCUGGAUGACAUCAACGACAUCCUCAGGACUUGCGGCUUUGCUAGCACCUCAUACGCUGCCACCGCAUCCUACUCUACUCCCACCGUUCAGGCCACUCGGCCCACCGCCUCGUCGCAGUUGAGCACCACCAUCACCCCCGGCGCCCCCGGUGCGGCAGUGCCGACGCAAUCCGGUAGCGCCUCCGGCGGAAGCAACAACAGCCCCACCUCCACGGGCGGUAGCAACUCCGGCAACGGCAACGGCAACAGCUCGCCUUCCCAGACCCCCAAUGCUGCAGUUGUCGUCUCUCCAAAGGGACUUGGUCUUUUCGGUGCCGCCGCGGUUGGAGCUCUCCUUUUGUAA